AUGGCUACCAGCGUUCCUAACCAUCGCAUGAUUGAGAACAAAAUCUGUGCUGAUGGUGCUUUUAUUGUCAUUAUAUCAAGAGCGGUUUUGUUCGAGAUCACCCUGCGAGCCUCUGAAUUCUUCGGCACCACUCUAGAAGCACAGGUUAAUGAGUGGCUGAAGAAAGUUAACAGAAGUGAAAAAGUCACAGAUUUUGAAGAAGCCUCCAACAAUAGUGAAAAUUUCGAAGAAUUCUGGGACUGGUUAGUCAUACCAUGCACACAAUACAUUCGACGCAAUGCUCCAGAAAUACAAGGACCUAUUAGCCUACAAAGUUUUACCUUUCCUCGAGCUCACGCACUGCAGUUGCUGCCAAUUGAUAAAUCAAUCACAGCGGUUCCCACUGUUUAUAGAUGCUUUUCCAAAUCCACUCUUCCUACGAUAAGCGCGUCAAUUUCAGGCCUUCCUCCUGGUGUCCCCAAAGUCAGCGCAGCCGAUGUGCUCAUUUACCAGGACCCAGAUAGCGAAUUCGACCAUACCUGUGACAUACCGCGACAUGUCCAGGUAGCGGAACGCGGCCUACUUUUUAAACCUGCCAACAAUACCAGUGCUUUCAUCAAUGAAGUAUCAGCGCUCAGCCGUGUUUCAGAACUCGGCCUGUCAAUCAAUGUGUCGAAGCUCUAUGCUAUCGUGCUAUCUGAGAAUGGGAAGAUAAUCCUUGGCAUCUUGAUUGAUUGGCUUCCAUUCGGGUCGCGAAAUCUCUGGAGCGAUGAACUCAUUCAAAUGAAGGAAUAUCAUGCCAAGUGGAAUGGACAGAUACUGGAUACCGUGGAGGUCCUUCAUUCCCACGAUAUCAUAUGGGGCGAUGUGCACCCGGGAAAUAUUGUCAUAGACUACGACUUGAAUGCCUGGGUCGUCGAUUUCGAUGGUGGGUACCGGUCGGAGUUUGUCGACGGAAAAUCAGCAGGGACGAAACAGGGCGAUUUGGAGGGCAUUCGUAAUGUCUUUUGCAACUGGCUACCGCGAUGGUAUUUGGAAUCUCAGUCGAACAUGGACUGCGAUGCAGAUUGA